ACGAACAAGAGGCGGAUUGCAGACGCUGGCACCACUCUCCUCACCCGGUUAUGUACUUUCACUGCGCUAGCUCGGCCCUACAGAAACCCUCUCCCCUUUAGCGUGUUCCUCGCCUCUUGCCAGUCAGUCAGUGCUCCAAGAAGCGUCCGCCAUGUCACCCGAAGACUACAUAGAACAGCAGCAGAGUGCAACACCGGUGGGAGUCCACGGAGAAAACGAUGGCUCCCAGGUAGCACAGUUCUACAAGGAUCGGGUGGUGCUCAUCACAGGGGGAACAGGAUUCAUUGGAAAGGUUCUCUUGGAAAAACUCCUGAGAUCUUGCUCUGACCUGAAGCGAGUUUACCUCCUCGUGCGAAGCAAGCGCGGCAAAGAACCACACGCGAGGCUCAAGAAAAUGUUCGACUCACAGAUGUUCGAACGCCUAAAGAAAGAACAACCGGGAGCUCUUGAAAAAGUAACGGCAAUGGCAGGAGAUCUGGCUCAGCCAGAUUUGGGGCUCAGUGCGUCUGAUCGGGCCACCUUGGUCGACAAUGUGUCUGUCGUCUUUCACUCCGGUGCCACGAUCAAGUUUGAUGCACCUCUCAGGGAUGCAUUCGAACUCAACGUUCUGGGCACAAGGAGAGUUCUGGACCUCUGUAAGCAACUACGAAAUAGAUGCGUUCUUGUUCAUGUGUCAACAGCAUACUGCAACUGUGACAAGCCGGAUGUCCAUGAAGUGAUAAAACAGCCGUGUAAAAAUACCCAACAAUUUUUUGAAGCUUUGCAGUCCGCAGGCGCCGAAGCAGCGGGUAAUACGAAAGAGUGCUUGUUUGGCCAUCCAAAUACGUACACUCUGACCAAGAGCUUAACUGAAUCGAUGCUGCUGGAAGAACGAGGAAACAUUCCUGUCGUCAUCGUACGACCCUCCAUCGUCACUGCCUCGUUGACUGAGCCGCUCCCGGGCUGGGUCGACAAUUACAACGGUUGCACUGGCGUCGUUGUAGCGCUAGGUCUGGGCCUGCUACCGUUGUUCAUCGCGGAAAAGAAGCACCUAGUCGACAUCGUUCCUGUAGACAUUGUGGCAAAUACGCUCAUAUGCGUCGCCUGGCACACAUUUAUAACAAGGCCAACGUACAUGAAAGUGUACCACUGCACGAGCGGCACCCUUCAGCAACACACGUGGGCUGAUGUGGUUGAAGCGACACAGAGAGCAGGCUUGCGAUAUCCACUGCCAGAUGCCAGCUUCUUCCCCACGAUGUUCGCGACCAACAGCCAGCUGCGGUACAACAUCCAUCUCCAUUGCCUGCGUUAUCUGCCUGCGAGCGCCGCAGACUUGGCCUUGAAGUUGAUGAGGAGGAAGCCAAGGUUCGUGCAACUUUACAAGAAUGUUCGCAAACGCAUGGACGUUGUACAGUACUUCACGACUCACGGAUGGCUGUUCAGAACGAACAACGUCGUGGGACUUGCACGUGAGCUCUCUCCCAAGGAUAAACAGCUUUACCGCAGCAAGCGCACUGGCCUCUAA